AAGAGCACAAGAAUCAUGACAUCCACCCAACAACAAUGGAGCUCAUCUCCAACAAGUCGUCGUCCAGUGGAUGAGCUCCAGUGGGUGAUCCAAAUCCGUGAAAGCAUUGAACAAGAAACUGGAGAGCCGAUGAAUGUCUCCGUCUCCGUCUUCUCCGUGCCAAAUUCUUUGGUCUUAUCCAAACCAGAAGCUUACAUCCCUCAACUCUUCGCCGUUGGCCCUUACCACCACUGGGAUCCUCACCUCUAUGAGAUGGAACGAUACAAGCUCGCUACCGCUCGACGAACACAAAGAAAGCUUCACGGCAUCAACCUACAACAACUCGUCGAUUAUUUCACUAUUAAUGAGUUCAUGAUCCGUGCUUACUACCAUAGAUAUCUUGAAUUUAGGGGAGAAACAUUAGCUUGGAUGAUGGCAAUUGAUGCAUCAUUCUUGCUGGAGUUUCUCCGGUGCUUCUCCAGUACGAUUGAAGACAAGAGUUUUACUAAAGUACCAUCUAUGUCUCACAUGGUGGAUUCCAAGAAGAUAAAGCUGGCUUACAACUUGAUUCUUAAAGAUGUUGUGAUGCUUGAGAACCAGGUACCUCUCUUUCUCCUCAGAAAAAUCAUACACUUCCAGUUCUCAUCGGAGGAGGAAGCCGAUGCCGAGCUCUCAAACAUGCUCAUAGGGUUUGUCAAGGAGAUUUCUCCGUUUAAGGUUUCUGAAGAAAGUUCUCCCAAGGAUGUCUUGGGACACGCUCACUUACUAGAGUUACUCUACUACGUCAUUGUUCCAAGAAUUAAUGAACACCAAGACUCUACAAAAGAGAUCAUUGAUAAUGAUCAGAGUGGUAAGGCAGACAUGUGUGACAGUGAUAAAAAGAGUAAUGGGUGUGUUAAUAAUUUUUUUGGUGUAGUUUGGAGCUCAGUGGCUAAGAAAAAAGGUCUAACGUACAAUUUCGUCAAGAAAGUCCUCAUUGGAAAACCUAUCAAGUUUUUAAUCAAGGGCCCUUGGAGUAUCAUAUCUAAACUUCCAGUUGUUUCAGUCUUCAAAGGAUCAAUCGAAUCAAUGUUUUGUGGUAAAUCAGUUGAGAAAGAAAAGGAUGAUGAUGACUCUACUUCACAUAACAAGCCACCAUUAGUCGAAGAAAUUCUUGUCCCUUCAGUGAAAGAACUUGUUCGAGCUGGAGUGAAGUUUGCGCGUACUAAUCAAGAUAUAACAUCGAUAAGGUUUGAUGCAAAGACCGGGAUAUUCUACCUUCCUGAGGUAACUCUAGACUGCAACACCGAAGUAUUGCUUCGCAAUCUUGUCACUUAUGAAUCAUCAGUGGUAUCGGAGCACCUAGUGUUCACUCGGUACACGGAACUGAUAAAUGGGAUCAUCGACACCGAAGAGGAUGUGAAGAUUUUGAGAGAGUGCAAGGUGAUAAGGAAUAGGAUGAAGAGUGAUGCAGAAGUUGCUGAUCUUUGGAAUGAGAUGAGGAGAUCAGUGAGGUUGACAAAAGUGGCAUUCAUUGACAAAGCUUUGGAAGAUGUUAAUAAGUAUUAUGGGAGAAGUUCCAAUGUCAAGAUGAAUAAGUUCAUGGAGACUUAUGUUUUGGGAUCUUGGAAGAUGCUUACUUUAUUAGCUGCCAUGUUUCUCUUGUUUCUCAGUUGCGUGGAGGCAUUCUGCUCUGUUUAUACUUGUAGAAGUCAUUUGUUGAGUUAUGCCGGGGUUAAUGGGAAUUGAAUUGUAUAUACUAUAAAGGUGGUGAGUAAUCAGUACUGUUUGAACAUUUGACUAUUCUAUCUGUGCCUUUUUGGAUGCGCGUCUAGAUAAGGUUCAUAUGGUCUUUGUACUGUACUGUUUGUUGGAGGGGAUAAGGUUUAUAUGGUCCUGUAUUAUUUAUUUAUUUAUCACAUGUUUAAUACAAAAAAGAAUGAU